AUGAUCAAUAAAUUUUUAUUGUCGUAUUUGUUAUUCUCAACUAUUCAAACAACUGUAUCAGAUAUAUUCGUGUAUAAUAAUUCAAACAAGGUAAUUAAUAAUUAUGAAGAUCAAAAUGCAAAUUUUGGUCCAUCAUUUCCGUCGGAUGGAUUAAAAGGUUAUAUUACAAUAACAAAUCCACCAAAUGCAUGCCAGAAGAUAUUACCACCACCUAAUAUUCCAACAUAUGGAUAUCGUUGGAUUGCACUUAUACCACGGACCAGAAGUGGCGAUUCAUGUGAAUUUAUGACUAAAGUACAAAAUGCACAAAAUGCGAAUUUUAGUGCUGUGAUAAUUUAUAAUUAUGAAGAUACGUUAGUUGCUAUGGGCUCAUCUUCAAAAAAUGUACAUAUACCAUCAACAUUAAUUACUCAUACCGAUGGUUUAACAUUGAUUUCACAUUAUUUGUAUAAUGAAACAACAGUUAAUUCAACUCCGAUAUAUCAUCUGAAAAUACUUCCUGAAGAACCAUUUAAAUUUGGUAUUUAUUUAAUACCAUUUGUUGUAGUUAUUGGUGUUUCAUUUCUUGGUCUUAUUGGUUUUGUCUUAGUUAAAUAUCAUUUACAACGACGUCGUAUGCAACGUCAUCGUUUACCACGAUCAGCAUUAAAACAAUUGAAAAUAAAAAAAUUUGUCAAAACUGAUCCAUGGGAAGUAUGUGUUAUUUGUUUGGAUGACUUCGAAGAAGGAGCAAAACUACGAAUAUUACCCUGUGAUCAUGCAUAUCAUGUGAAAUGUAUUGAUCCAUGGUUGAUAAAUAAUCGACGACAAUGCCCGGUAUGCAAACGAUAUGUCUUUCCUAACCAACAUAACUCCGAUGAAGAAAGUAGUGAUCCUCCACGAGUAAGAGUACAUACAGAACAAACACCAUUAAUUCAUUCCAAUGAUACUAAUUCAACUAUGGAUAUAUCACAAAAUUCACAAUCAUCACAACGUCAUUUGCUUCGUCCAUCAACUAAUGGCGUUCGUAAUAUUUCAUUUACAUCAAAUGAAUCAUCAGAAAGUACUGAAAGUUUAUCGACAUCAUCACGGCCAACAACAACAACAGAAAUUGUAUUCGAACGCCCAUCAACAAAUGUACGACGAUAUGGUAGUUUAAGUGAUUCAUCAACUACAACACGACGUGCUGUUGAUACGAAUGCAUCUACACGUUCUAAUAUGGAAAAUAUUAGUGAUAUAGAACAAGCCGAUGAUGAAAAUGAUGAUGAUGAUGAUGAUGAACGAAUGGAGUCUGCUAUAACUACUUCAAGAGACAAUCCUGCAUAUAAUGAAGAUGAAGUAUCAACAAAAGAUGUAAUUCGUACAGUUAUGUAA